AUCAGAAGAAGUUAUUUUGUUUUUUACUUGCUUUUUUUUGUUACAUUUUUACUGAGUAUUUCUAGUUUGAAGUGAAUUCAAUAUUACAACAUGCCUAAACGCUCCCAUGCAUGGGAUUUUUUUGAAAAACAAAGUGGAAAAGUGAUUUGUUCGAAGUGUAAAGGUGAAGUAAAAACCACUGGAAAUACAUCAAAUAUGCUACGGCAUUUGGAGAAUCACCACAUUGAUCUUUUUUUAACCCAUUUCAAGGGACAAAAUGUAAAGCAAAGAAGAAUUGAUACUUCAAUGAAUAUGAUUUCUUCGAUAAAAAGUGGUGAUCUCAAAUCAACCAUAGAUGAGAAACUUAUCUGGUGGAUAAUAGAUGAUUCAAGACCUUUUAAUAUGGUUGAAAGCAAAGCAUUUAAAUCGUUUAUUAAGUCACUCAAUUCUAAUUAUGAUGCACCAGGGAGGAAAUCUGUCACGGAUAAAAUCGAAAAGCUGUAUGGAACAAAGAAGGAGCUGGUUAUAAGUCAUCUUAAAAUGAUAAGAAGUUUUACAUUAACAACAGAUUUAUGGACUGAUACGACAAAUACACGUUCAUAUAUCGGACUUACAAUUCACUUUAUUGACAACUAUGUGCCAAUCAAGUUAUGCUUAGCGGCCAAAGAAUUUCCUCACAAUCAUAGUGCUCAAAAUAUUUCAACGCUAAUCAAAGAUAUAUUGGACCAGUUCGAGAUUGAUAUUGAAAUAAUAUUUGCUACAGUAACUGACUCAGCAGCAAACAUGAAGCUUGCAAUGAAGGAUAUUAGUGCAAAUCACAUUGGUUGUGUAGCUCAUAAGUUGAAUUUAGUGGUGACUGAUUCGCUCGAAUUUGACCGAGAUUUAGUUAAUCUUAUUGUUAAAAUAAGGACAAUUGUUACCUACUUCAAACAGAGUAAUAAAGCUAGUUUAGCUUUGAUUGAGGAACAAAAAAAGGACGGUGUUGACCAACUCUUGAAGUUGAAACAAGACGUGUUAACUAGAUGGAAUUCAACUUAUAUAAUGAUCGAAAGGAUGUUAAAAUUACGUAAUUAUGUUUCUCUUUCAUUGCGGAAAUUAUUACGUGAAGAUUUAGAUUUGGAUUAUCGAGAAAUCGAACAACUUAAUGAUGUAAUGUUGCUACUUAAACCAUUUUACCAAAUGACUUUGGAUAUGAGUGGGGAAAAUUAUGUUACAAUUUCACGUGUUAUUCCCCUUGUUACGAUGGUUUUCAAUCUUCUUAAUACAAUACAAACAACUACAUAUAUUGGUGCAACUUUAAAAGCUAAAUUGGUAUCUAAUCUUGAAGAACGAUUUGCUAACAUUGAAAGAAACCAUCUUUUUGCAUUCUCCACUAUUCUUGACCCAAGAUUCAAGCUAAUUGACUUCAGAAGUCCUGGUGAUAGCGCUCUAGCUGUAUCUAAACUCAAUCGUGAGCUCAAAGAAGUUAAUCUUACACAAGUUAUAGUUCCAGAGCCAGAAUCAGAGUUGAAUUUAUGGAGUCUGCACAAUAAUCUUGUUUCAAGAAUUACUACUGUUGAUUCUAGUCUUAAUUCUAGUCUUAAACAUUAUCUAGAACUAAAAAACAUCGAUCUCAAAGAUGAUCCUCUUGACUUUUGGAAGCGGUACAAAGAAAACUUUCAUCACUUGCAUAAUAUUGCUAUUAAAUAUUUGAAUAUUCCUGCCACCUCUGUCCCCUGUGAAAGACUAUUUUCCAAGACAGGACAGAUAAUUAAUGAAAAAAGGAACCGAAUCUCACCUUCACAUGUAAACGCUCUUUGUUUUCUUGAAUCUCUUCCUGAGAUAUUUCGUUAAUUUUUACCAAUAAAUAAACAAUAUUUUUUGACUCACUAAUAUUUUUGACUCAA